CGAGCCGCCAGAGAUACGCGUGAUCCUCGGGAUCGAGAGUCAACGCGGAGAUCUCCUUACCCGCCAUCUCGCCGCCCAGAGCCUCGCUCAGAGGCGCGCCCAGAACCUCGUGCUGAUACUCGGAGGGGAAGUCGUGCGGAUGCUAAGGGUGGGCCGACGGAAGUUACGAAAACAAAGACAGUCAUAAGAAAAAGAAAGAAGCCUCUCCCCAAGCUCCCGCCUGAGUUUGCAGCGUCCGAUUCGGUAUACUACAGGAAGCCUGGGAAUGAGUCGGUUGUCGGUUCAGGUACCUAUGGCAAGGUGUUUAAAGGCGUACAUGUCUAUACGAAGGACAUGGUCGCACUCAAGAAGAUCAGGAUGGAGGGCGAACGAGACGGGUUCCCGGUUACAGCAAUCCGCGAAAUCAAGCUCUUGCAGUCGCUAAAUCACCCGAACAUAGUACGCCUGCAAGAAGUCAUGGUAGAGAAGCACGACUGCUUCAUGGUUUUUGAGUACUUGUCUCAUGACUUGACUGGCCUCCUAAACCACCCCACCUUCCGAUUGGAUCAAGCUAUGAAGAAGGACCUUGCCAAACAGCUCUUCGAAGGGCUUGAAUAUCUCCACCGACGCGGGGUACUGCACCGCGACAUCAAGGCCGCUAAUAUUCUUGUCAGCAACACGGGUCAACUGAAGUUGGCUGACUUUGGCCUCGCACGCUUCUACUCCAAGCACAGAAACAUUGACUAUACCAACCGUGUCAUUACGAUAUGGUACCGGUCGCCAGAGCUGCUACUAGGCGAAACGCAGUACGGCCCUGCUGUCGACAUCUGGUCCGCAGCUUGCGUCCUGGUCGAGAUAUUCACCAAACACGCCAUCUUCCCCGGCGACGGCGGUGAAAUCAACCAGCUGGACAAGAUAUACAAUGUCCUCGGCACGCCGACGGUGCAAGACUGGCCCGGCAUUGUCGACAUGCAAUGGUUCGAGCUUCUCCGACCCAGCGAACGCAAAGUCAGCACCUUUGCGGAGAAGUAUAAAGACCGCGUCACGCCUGCUGCGUUUGGGCUCCUUGUCGCCAUGUUCGCGUAUGAUCCUGCCGCUCGGCCUAGCGCGUCGGACGUCUUGGAGCAUCCGUACUUCACGGCUGAGGAGCCGGCGCCGAAGCGCGCCGUGGAGCUGAAAGAGCUGGAAGGGGAUUGGCACGAGUUUGAGAGUAAGGCCCUGAGGAAGGAAAAGGAGAAGCAGGACAAGGAGGCCAGAAGAGCGGCGAGAGAAGGGGAGAAGAGAAGGGCCGAAGUGGCGGCCGAGAGUGAGAGGGAGGCGAAAAGGGUGAAGGGAGCUAGCACCAGUGGUGGUGCUGGUGCUCGUACGUCGACAGGGCAGAGCUAG